CACAAGCUAAACUUGAUUCCCCUGAGUCGGCACAGCAUCCCCUCAAGAGCAAGAUGAGUGCAGCCCACGAGCAGGUACAUCUCAGUCGGUCGGAGGUGUGUGGGAUGAUGAGGGAGGAACUUUUCAGCGAGCAAGAGUUCCACCAGUCUCAGACGCACAUAUUUAUCGUGGUUGGAGCGUCGGGAGACCUGGCCAAAAAGAAAAUCUACCCAACUUUGUGGUGGCUUUACAACGAUGGUUUGCUCCCAGAAGAUACCUACAUCGUAGGCUUUGCCCGUUCAAAGCUGACAGUUCAGGAUAUCAGAAAACAGAGCGAGCAGUAUUUCAAGGUAUCCACAGAGGAUGCUGAGAAACUAGACUCAUUUUUCAAGCGCAACUCUUACAUUUCUGGACAGUACUCCGAUGCAGCCUCUUUUCAAAACCUCAACCAGCACCUGAACUCAUUGCCUAAUGGGGCAAAAGCCAACCGCCUCUUCUACCUAGCAGUACCCCCCAGCGUGUAUCAUGACGUUACCCGCAACAUCAAGGAGACCUGCAUGAGCUCUGUGGGCUGGAACCGUGUUAUCGUGGAGAAACCUUUCGGCAAAGACCUGGAGAGUUCCAAUCGUUUGUCGGAACACAUCUCUGCCUUGUACAAGGAAAACCAGAUCUACCGUAUCGACCAUUACCUGGGCAAAGAGAUGGUACAGAACCUUAUGAUCUUAAGGUUUGGUAACAGGAUAUUCAGCCCCCUCUGGUCCAGGGAUCAUAUAAGUGCAGUGGUUCUGACAUUCAAAGAGCCAUUUGGUACACAGGGGCGUGGAGGAUACUUUGAUGAAUUUGGUAUAAUCCGGGACGUCAUGCAAAAUCACUUGCUCCAAAUGAUGUGUUUGAUGGCUAUGGAGAAGCCAGUUUCCACUAGCUCGGAUGAUGUUAGAGAUGAAAAGGUGAAAGUCUUAAAAUCAGUCAGUCCCCUUACAUUAGAUAACCUGGUGGUGGGGCAGUAUGUUGGGAAUGCUGAAGGGCAAGGAGAGGCACAACUAGGAUAUCUGGAUGACCGCACUGUUCCAAAAGGAUCUUUGACCCCCACAUUUGCCACUGCAGUGUUGUAUGUGCAGAAUGAGCGUUGGGAUGGUGUCCCUUUCAUUAUGCGCUGCGGCAAGGCCUUGAAUGAGAGGAAGGCAGAGGCACGACUGCAGUUCCGUGAUGUACCAGGAGAUAUUUUCCAAGGUCAUUGCAAGAGGAAUGAACUGGUGAUCCGAGUGCAGCCAAAUGAAGCCGUAUACACCAAGAUGAUGACUAAGAAACCAGGAAUGUUCUUUAACCCUGAGGAAUCGGAGCUUGACUUAACAUAUGGGAACAGAUACAAGGAUGUAAAGUUGCCAGAUGCGUAUGAGCGGCUUAUUUUGGAUGUGUUCUGCGGGAAUCAAAUGCACUUCGUACGCAGUGAUGAACUGAGGGAAGCUUGGAGGAUCUUCACCCCUGUUCUUCAUCAACUGGAAAGAGAAAAGAUCAAACCCCACCCCUAUAAAUAUGGAAGCCGCGGACCCGCAGAAAGCGACGAGCUAAUGCAGAAGGUCGGCUUCCAUUAUGCAGGAACCUACAAAUGGGUGAACCCCAACAAACUCUGACACUUUGACCUCUGCCUCGCCCUCUCCUCCCCAUGGACGUCCUGUUUUGUAUCCCCUGAAACUUUACAGGUUUCCUGUCCAUAUAAACCGCACUGUGGGAAAUCACAGGGGACCAAAAUGCACCUUGUCUUGUUACACGUAGUGGCUGCCUGUAGGUGUCACUAUCGGUACUUUUUGUCUUGAAGCCUGUCUUAGUUGCUUCUCAUUCCUACUUGUUUAAGGUCUAAAUGUGGCCAAACUAUGGCCAACCUUAUUGUAUCAGAGCCAUUCAAAUUAACUUAUACUGUACAAUGUGGCCAUGCACAUGUAUGGCCAUAUUAAUUUGUUCUUAUUUGAGUGGAUGGCCCAAAUGAUCAAAUCUCACAGGAAGUGAUAAGGAGCAAUAAUUCCUCUCGCUUCCUCACUUACUGAUGGACCAUACUCACAAACAUAUGGUGUUCAAGGUAUGGUCUGUCGAGACUGCUGCCAAGGUGACUUACAUUCUCAUGAGUGCAGUAUGGUCAAAAUUGGUCUCACUGCCCGACCAAGCCUAACCAUGUAUAACCAGCAGUUGUUCAACUUUGAGUUAUCUUUUAGUACAAUGAAAAGAGUAAUAUUUUGAGACAGUUUUCAGUAGGUCUUCAUUUUUUAUUAUUUGUUGGUUUUUAAUUAUUUUAAUUUUUGUUCAGCAGCUCUCCAGCUUGGACUUUAAGCAGCUUUCUGGUUGCUAGAGUCCAAAUUAUCUUAGCAACUAGGUAGCGGUUUAAAUGAGAGAAUUAUAUAGAAGUAGAAGAGGACCUGAAUAGGUAAAUAAGUAAUAAAAAUGAUCAAUAACAGUCAAACUCACAGAGCCUCACAGAGCAACAGUUUUUUGGUUGCUGUGGUCAGUGACCCCUAUUUGAAAGAUUUGGAAGAAGAAAAUAAUUCAAAAACUAUAAAAAAAAAAAAAA